AGUUUCUGAUGGAAUUUCCAAGUUUAUCUUUCGAUCUUCUAAUAUCUCAAAAUGGAUAUACAGGCUAUUUCUCUGUGAAGGAUGGGAAAGUAUUCUACACCAAUGUUCUGAAUAAAGAAAGUUUUAUAUAAUUUAUUUUGAAAAGAUGGAGGUGGAAGGUAGAAGAGGUACUAGGUACAUUAAAGCGGAAAGAACGAUAUCCUAAUGAAUUCUGGAACCCAUUUGCCUCCAAGGAAAUGAAUCUGCAAUCAGCAGUGGGUCAUAAAUCAAAUGUCAUCAUGGGAAUCCAAGAAGAUAGGCCAGUUUCAGUUAUUUCCAAAUAAUUGUUUUCUUAAUUGACUGGUACUGAGAUAGUAUUUCCCAGAGGGUUUAAAAUCAGAACACAUUAAACUCUGUUAAAGUUAAAAUUUCUACAGAAUAUAAACAUUUACACAACUCUUAUUUUGCAUGUUUGUUCCCACUCCCAAAAAAGAGCAGAUCAUUUUGAACAACAGCAGAAUAAUUUGACAAAUACUAUUUGUCUAGGGUGCCAAAAAACUACAGAAAAAUUAUAUGAAAGCAUAGAUAUUCCAUGACAAAUAUAAUUUUUAUUUCAAUACACAAUUAAAGAUCAUACAUAAGACUAGAUACAAAUAUUAGCGAUUGAGUUAUUUGGUAACAAGUCCUUCUGUUGCGCAUAGUACAGUUGCUUCUUGAAAUCUGGAAUAUUUCACAGUACAAGAUUAAUACCAAGACUACUGAAAGGAGUCUUAAAACUUUAAAGCAAAAUAGAAAAUUCAAAUGUAUUUUUAAAAUGAGUUCUCUUCAAGAAACAUCAUAAUCAGGGUGUAAUAUGCCUUUCUCUUGUUUCUGACUUUGCUAUAAAAAUGCAAUUUUAAUACCUUAACAAUUUUGAAAACCUUUUAAAAAUCUUACAUUUUAAGGUGGUAAAGAAUUAGGCCUAACUAUAAAAUCCCCAAAAUGCACAUGGAAAGCUUUUUAGCAAACAAAUACAGUUUUCAGAAUGUCCUUGUUAUCAGUUUUGCAUUCCAAGUUCUCUUAAGGGUAAGUAAGCAGCCUGACACCCAAAUGCCAUUUUAAUAAGGUCAUUUUUAGAACCUCUAUGAAAUAUCUUUAUGAUUCCAUAGACUAUACAUUUACAUGCUCUUUAGCUAAGCAAUAUGAGAGGUAUAUGGUGUUGAGGAAAACUCAAGUUAUCUAUUAUAGAAAAGGUCUGAAAAUAACUAGUUAUGGUUAUCUCUGAGGUUGUGAUUUUAUGGGGUAUUCUUUUCAUUUAUUUAUAAGUUUUUUUUUUUUAAUGAGACUGGGUCUUGCUAUAUUGACCAGGCUGGUCUCCAACUCCUGGCCUCAAGCAACCCAUCUGCGUUGGCCUCCCACUGUGCUGGGAUUACAGGUGUCAGCCAUCUAGCCUGGCCUCCUAUUUAUACUUUUAAAUUUUUCAAUAAUAAACACAACAGAUUUGGUAAUAAAAACACACUAUUCUUUAAUGUAGAAAUAAUACCUUGUUACUUAGGAAAUUUCCUUUUAGGACUUUACCAGCAAUUCCUCCUCCCUAAAAAAAAUGUGAAAUGCACACUCAGUUAUAGACACAAAAAUAUUCACUGCAUAUUAUUUACUAUAAACAAAAACUGAAAAUUACACAAUAUUCACUAAUAAGGGAAUUGUUAGGUAAAACGAUAUUCAUCCACAAGGUAGAACACCAUGCAGCUAACAAAAAUGUUUUUAUAAAGUUAUAUAUAAUAAACAAAAUGCCUAGGUUAUAAUAUUAAGUAGAAAAAAGAACAUAAUUUAUAUAUAUGUACCAUGUGCUCUCAUCUAUGGAAAAAAUGCAUUUAAAUAAAAAGACUAGUGCCAUAAUGUUAAGAAUGGGUUAUUCCCAUUAGUGGAGGAAUUAUAUGUAUACUUUUUUGUUCACUUUACUCUUCUUUAUUUUUUAUAUUAUAGUAAGACACUACUUCUUUCUUUAUUUUUCUUUCUUUUGUCCUGAGAGCAACAAAAAAGAAACUGUUUCUUAAAUAGAAUACAAAAACAUUUAAGGAUACAAUUGGCUUUUCUAGAAUUUUACUUAAGAGACAAAAAACUAGCUAUAUCACUAACUAGAAGGAAAAAGUUAUUUCCUAGUACUGUACAGUGUUGAUAAAAUAAACUACUCAAGGGCACUCACUGAACAGCAAACAAGCGACCACUACUGCCUCAAAGUUUAACAGUUUACAUGCUAUUAUUCUUUUCCCAUUAUGCUAACUUUAUACAAUUAGCAUCUCUAAUUCAUAAACCACAAACUAAUACUACAAAGCCUUUACAAAGCAUAUUAGGAAGCUGGAUUCUACCACCAUCUGUCUUCCCCUUUGGAUGCAAAAUUCACAUCGAGAUCUAACACAAUACCACUUCAGAUGAUGAUGUAAUUAUAUUUCAUAAACAAUGUUAAACUGUUUGAUAGAUUCGACCAGAACGAAGAUGUCUUUUGUCUACUAUUUUUUUCCUAAAAGGGAAACAGACGUGAAUCUCCCAAGUUCUGUAGAAAUACAUCAUUUGUGAGUAAUAUAGAACAAGAGACAGAGAAGAACCAGUUAAAAAUAAAAGGGUCCUAAUUGCUCAUUACAUAGAUGAUUAAGCCCUAAAAUUUGCCUCAGAGUCAAACUUGGGAAAAAAGACCUCUACGUUUUAAAACACACAAACUUGUAUCGAUGUUAAAGCAUAGUAUAUGAAGAAACUUUUAUCAUCAAUAAGUAUAAUUGUGAUAUUUUGCUGAUAUUAUUUUUAUACCAUAUUCAUUGUUCUACUAUAACUACUGUAAUAUGUUCUGCAAUGAAAACUGAAUUUAAAACAAAAGUUUUCAUUAAACAUCUUAUAGUUUUUAAGGUAGUUGUAUUUAUCAAAAACACACAAACAUUUAUCCAGUGAAUGAAUGAAUAAGGAUAAAUAACUGCUGUAAAAAACUUCAUUAACAAUGGAAUUGUUACUCCCAUGGAAUACCUUAAGAAACAAUUGGGCCAGGCGCGGUGGCUCACGCCUGUAAUCCCAGCACUUUGGGGGGCCAAGGCGUGUGGAUCACUUGAGGUCAGGAGUUCGAAACCAGCCUGGCCAACACUGUGAAACCCCGUCUCUACUAAAAACACACAAAUUAGCCGGGCAUGGUGGUGAGCGCCCGUAAUCUCAGCUACUUGGGAGGCUGAGGCAGGAGCAUCGCUUGAACCUGGGAGGCAGAGGUUGCAGUGAGCCGAGAUCGCACCACUGCACUCCAAACCAGCCUGGGCAACAAGAGCGAGGCUCUGUCUCAAAAAAAAAAAAAAAAAAAUUCAGAGCAACUUUGCAACCUAGAGAUCUAGAGAACUUUUCUGUUCAAAGAUUGCUUUGACAUUUCACUUAUCCCUCUCUACCUUAAUAUCUCCAAUCACACCCACCAAAUUACCACAGAUACCCUCACCCAUCUCAAAUUCACACUACUUCUUUUUAUAUGUUAAUAACAGCUUCUUUAGAAAAGCACAGCGAAAUGGGUUCUGCGGACUAAACAUUUAGCUUUUAACAUAAAUCAUUUUACACAUAUAUACUACACACACGAUUUAGGAUCUAAGUCCUCUUUCACGAUCUGACCAGUGCUUGUUUCAAUUACAAAUGAAUGCAUUGAUCUCACUCUGACAGCCAAACCACGGUAUUACUCCAUAGUGCCCCCUAGCUCUUUAAGAUAUAUUAGUUUAAAACGGACACCAUUUGAAUUGUCAACCUCAAAGUGUCAGUCACUCCACUUAAGCAGCUCUUACUGUACUAACUAAAUUUGACCUGAUAAAUAAUAGAUGAUUUAAUUAAAUCUUGCUACUAAUCCCAGUAAGAGCUGAUGAGAAAAAAAUACUAAGAACUGAUGGAUUUGGAAUUCAACCACACGAUAUACUACAGUUCAAAAGUUUUGUAGAACCUCUCUAAAACUCACAAUUUGUUUGUUUUUAUAAAGUCAUUAAGCAAGGACUCAUAAAACAUGCAUUUAAAAUGCCUUCUUUUAUGUAACUUAAAGGGAAAUGGCAUGGCAUAGGCCAUGGCUCUUCAGAGGAAUGGAACCAAUUUCUUCAUUUUAAAAAAAUGCUAGGAUCAGAUUAAGAUUUAACAAUAUCACUAUAGUCAAGUUAUCAUUAUCAUUACAAACAAUCUAAAUUGCUAACUGGUAAAUCUGUGAGAAGAAAACAUCUGACCUUGGUCCUGAUUCUAAAAGGUAAGUCAGAUUUGGACUGCUUCAGGACCAGCAGGGGAAGGCAAAAAGUAAAGAAGACAGAAUGACAUAUACCCCUUCCUUUUGGAAACGGGAUUAAGCAAAACUUCUAAGUACAACUGCAACUCCAAAAAUCACUGAGGUUUGCAAAUGCCCUUCGCCUUACAUAAGUCAUUCUGAAAAGAAGUCCUAUUUUAUUCUACACUCAAACUCUAGUACAUUCGUACUAACAAGGGAAAAAGCAGAAUAGGACCAAAACUGGAGGGCAAACAAACAGGAAAAGGAUGAAACUCCAGGAGGAACUACAAUAAGGCAGAGUAGAGUACGUCAAAACCACCAGGUUUUAUUCUAAAGAAUGGUUUUGUUUCUACCGUUCUUCUAAGGUAUUCAAUUUGCACGUCUUAAAAUAGAGACCCUGAGGAGAGCAGCUUGAGGCAGUGGAAGGAAGGGGGGCGGGUUAGGUAAGAACAGAGACUUGUGAGAGAAUAUGUGCGGUGCAUUAGAAUGUGCAAUGAAGAGGGUGCAGGAUUCACCGUCAGGAAGCAGUUGAGGGCUUUAUGAGUAGAGGCAGAAUCUGAUAUGGUUUAAAGAAUGCGUAUUACAGCCAGAAUGCACACCUGGUACAGGGACAACCCUAGACAAGUAGAAGACCAAUCCACCCACUGUGCAAAUGCAGAGAUGACCAUUUUAACCAGUUCUAUUGUCUGGAGCAUUAAAUGGAAAUGCCCCAGGCAAGAGAUCAAGCUAGCCAGACACCAAAUCAGACACCCUGAGCCAAAAGGAAGGAGAGGAGAUGGACAGUGGCCAUGGGGGCAUUCCCAGCCAUGGGGCCCUUCCUCGUCGGGCAGGAGAGGGGAGCCGGGGUCACGGGGGCCGCACGAUCCCCCAUCCGCGGAGCCCAAGCGCAGGCGGUCCCCUCCUCGGGCCGGCGACGUCUCUCACGGCGCAGCCUGGGAACACCGAGACUUCCCCUCCCACCCCACCCCCAGCCGAAAGCAGGGAAGACGCGGAACUUGGGCUCCGGAGCGGAGGCCACAGACCAGGUCACGGCCCGGGUGGGGGGCUCUGGGCGAAAUUCCGGGUGGCCACCGGGGGUGGCGUAGGGGAAAGCAAAGCCCCGGCUGGUUGCGUUUCCAGUCGGACGACACUCGGGUCCGGGUGCCCGGGCCCGAUCCCUUCGCUGCUCACCGACCCCCUGCACCUCCUGGGUCCUCACAGUCCCAGGCCCGCUCGCCUCCGCCAGUGAGACGGCCUCCCGGGUCUCCCCGGUCCCACCACUGCGGCCGCCCCUCUCGGGGCGGGGUCGCCGCUCGACCCACUCUGUUCCUCGGCCUUCCAGGCGAAGGGCAAGAGCGAGCCCUGGCGGACCGUGCGGAGGGGUGCAGAGACCUGGAUGCGGCCUGCGAUCUCCUUCCCCGCCCCGGCGUUCUCCGCCCACCCGGGGUCCUUCCCGCCAAAACCUCUCACCUACAAGUACAGCGCGCCCUAAAUUUGGCACCGGCAAAGAACUGUGGCUGAGCAAUGCGUUGCUCACAGGCUCCUUUCUUUGUGUCCUUUUCUUUUCUCGUUGCUAUAUAUAAUAAAACCCUCCACGUUUUGAUGUCUCCGAGGAGUCAUUCUGACAGCAGUGCAGUCGAUUAUAGACUCACAGAA